AUGGCUGAAACAAUGCAGCAGAUGAUCCGGUUGCAGGCUUUAAAGCAGACCUUACCUUUCCCUUUCUUCUCAGUGGGCUUCCUCAGUUUGAGGACAAUGUGGCUGGCCCUUCUUACGCAUCAACUUGCCUUGCUCCUUCUCGCCCAAGCUCAGAAUGCCUGCAUUGGACAGUCCACAUUCAGAAGUCCAGCAAACUCAGACAUUGAAGUCCUCUGUGGUUCUCAGAGGGUGGAACUGCAGAUCCUCCUGUGUCCCAUUUAUUUCAAUGGAUACAACGAGUCACUGCUGUCUCUCAACUCACAGCACUCCAAACACCAAUGUAAAGGGACUCCUGACUGGACAGCAAACCCGCCUGUUGUCAAAUUCAACUUCUCCAUCACAGAGGAGGCCAUCACUGCCUGCUCCAGCAAGAUGACAGUCACUCAGGAGGUGGGAACUGGACUGUUUGCAGACUUCUCCAACGUCCAGUACAUCAACAUCUCAGGCAUGAUCUGCUCAGAGGACCCCAGCACAGGAGCCAUCACCUAUCACCAAGAGGUGAUGUACAGGUUCUCCUGCAACUACCCACUGCAGUACCUCAUCAACAAUACUGAGAUGAGCGUGUCUGGGGUCAAUCUGGCAGUCAGAGAUAAUAACGGCAGUUUCAUAAGUACACUGAGCAUGCACCUCUACUCGGAUCAUGGAUACUCCUCCAUGCUGCAGAUUCCUCCAGGAGGCCUGGAGCUAAAGACCAGGAUCUUUGUGGAAGUGAAGGCGUCUAAUCUCACCAACAGAUUCAAUGUGGUCCUGGACCGAUGUUACGCUACAACCUCGCCUUUCCACGCCAACACAACAUUUCAUGAUCUCUUUGUUGGGUGUAACCGGGAUGGCCAGACAGUAAUGGGAAUCAACGGAGAGCAGCAGGAAGCUCGCUUCUCCUUUGAAGCUUUCCGCUUUGUCCACCACAUGGAUUCAACUCUCUCCACCUACUAUGUACACUGUGCCACCAGGCUCUGUGUGAAGUCCUACUGCCCCAGCCUCAUUCAGAACUGCACCGCCGACAGUAAAACAAGGAGGCGCCGCAGUGUCAAAGACGACCAGGACACCACAGUGAGUGACAUGGCCACUGUCACCUCAGGUCCCAUCACUAUCCGGCUACACAACGGGUAUCUGGUGGCAUCUGGAGGUGCUCAGCAGACUAACAUGAACAGUACUGUGCUGGCUGUUUCAGUCGUGGCAGCCGUUGUCGGAGCUCUCUGCUUUUCUCUGGUGGCUUUCAUUGUUUACAUGCGCAACUCCAAUAUCAGUUCCAACAAGACAAGUCUGUACACACAAGAGUGACAGAAGGUCAAGACAGCUUGCAAAGGAUUCUGUCCUGUUUCAUUCACUCAUAGUCUGGUUUAUGAUACCAUGGAAGCAUUGUGAUAAAUGAAAGAGAGCAUUCAUUUUUGCAGUUGUUAUAUAUAAUUCAGGUUCCUUGAAGCAAACAUAAGAGAGGGAGACAAAUAUACCAGCAAGUUGUAUCUUCAAAUCUUUGGUUUCCAAUAAAGCUUUCAUUUAGCCUGGAGGAAGAACAGAAGUAAUAUAUUUAGUGUUGUGGGCACGCUCCAGUGGUCAGUCAGACGGAAACAACAGCACUGUAUAAUUUAACCCUUGCACACUGCUCCAGGCAUUUGGAUUCAUUUUUAUAAUCUAAUAUUGGGUAUUGGAAUUAAGGGCUGUGAUUAUUUGUAUUGUUAGAGCAGAUAGGUAGG